GGGGACAAUAUUAUCUGUCAUCCGUAUUUGACUUAUCAACCUAUCUAUAACCCUAACCCCUCCAUGUGAUCACCUCGUCCCUUCCCCCUUCAUCUCGCCGACCUAUUCCCCUUUCUUGUUCUCCAAGCAACCAAACUUUCAACCAUUUCACACAUAACCCACAUAUAAAAUAUCUCCACAUGAACACCUUCAAAGUCAUCGCUUCUAUAUCGUCGCCGUCUCUUAUGAUUCUGCCCUAAUUGAUCCACCUUUUCCCCCAAUUUCAGAGACGGCGACCCCAUCAAGAACCGAUCUAUCCACCAAUUCAUCCGUUAUGUUCAUCGGAACCUAUCUUAAUUUGCUGAUCUUGCUUUAGUUUUACCUUUUUAUCAAAGGUGUCAUCUUCGUUAGAGCUGUAAUUACUUCAUGUCGGUUUUAGAAAUUUGUCGACUUGAAGCGAUGACAUGGAUAUGUUCUUAUAAUGUGGAAGUAAAGCUGAUCUCUAAACAUGGACAUGAAUCUUUUUCCGAUCGUAUUUUUAGUCGAAUGUACAAAACACCAAGUAGUUAACUUUUAGGUUAGUGUAAAUAGGCUUAACUGUGCAGAAAAAAUGUCGUCGAAGAUCGUGAAAGUGUCGGCAAAUGGUCGUAGAAUUAUCGUUGAUCCAAAGAGGAAAAUCGUUACUCAAUGCAAGGCUCCGGUAGUGGGUCCCAUUCCCAACAACCGGUCCGUAAGUGCGAGACCACCAUCGAACAAACUUGGAAAGAGAAAACGAGCGAAUAAAUGUUCUUCAUGCUCAAGGAAAACCAUACUGAAAAACUACUCAAAUUUUACGAGGAGUGGUCUUCCGCAACGCUUGUUGUUCUCGCAAGAUGGUGAUUGGGUCAACUUUUCACAAGAGGUCAUUGACUUGGUCAAAGAAGACUUCCGGUCCAAGAAAACGUCAAUUGAAGUGAAGUGUAAUGGCUGUCAUUUCGUUCUAGACAUUCUACAUAUGGUCCAAAUUGAUUUGAAAACCGGUGCCGAAAAGCCGAUCGCUUGGAUUGAUGACGUGGGUAAAUGCGUUUUUCCCGAAAUAUAUUCCAGUUGUCACGGGAAUCAUGACGAGUUAGAUCUUGCCGAAUCUUCCGUAACCCCCGAAAUUAAUUUGCAUUUGGAAAUCGAGCUUAACGGAUUAGUAAACAAUAAAGAUGAAGAAUGUGUCGGUGAGUCAAACGUUAAACGCGUCAAAGUUGACCAGCCCGUUGAGGAGAAGCAAAAGAGUGAUGAAUAUGCAUCGCCAGUUUGUGGAGCUAGUUGUGGGACCGUGGAUGUAGAAACCGCUAGACACAUGUUUAUGUUCGGUAUCGGUCAAGAUCUGAAAGUUGACUUUCUUGAAGUCAAGAAAUGUUCUAGUAGCUUUAUGGAAGCAAAACUCGAACUCUUCCACAAACAGGUUGAAUUUACUCAAAAACUUCGUGGAAAAGCUAAUGUGCAAUUCGGUUGGUUUCCGGUUGCGGGAUGCGCACCACCAUCUGGCGUUUUGUUUUAUGGGCAUAACGGGCCGAAGCUCGGGAAGUACGGCUACGGUGUUCACCUUGCAGCCGUUCAGUCUGCUUAUAGCAGUGCUAUGCUAUGUGAUGUUGACGAAAAAGGGAUACGGCAUAUGAUGUUAUGUCGUGUAAUUUUGGGGAAUGCGGAAGUUGUUCACGCAGGUUCAAAGCAGUUUUAUCCAAGUGACAAAUGCUUUGAUAACGGAGUUGACGAUCUUCAAAAUCCUAAUAAUUAUGUAAUUUGGAACGUUAAUAUGAACACACACAUAUUCCCUGAAUGUGUAGUCAGUUUCACGGUGUCUCCAACGAUCAAAGGGAAUCCAGUCGGUGAAGAAAGCAGGCCCGAUAUGUCAAGAGUCACUACAGCUCAUGAUCCACAUGGACCACCCGUAAACCAAGAUUCUUCUUCGAAUAAAAUGGAAAAGGUUCAAAGUGCUGGAUCGAGCACACCAAAGGAGCCUAAAUCGCCUUGGAUGCCGUUCUCGAUGUUGUUUGAAGCAGUCUCUGCUAAAGUGGCUCCGAAUGAUAUGAAAUUAUUGCAUAUCUUCUAUGAAUCUUUUAGGGCCAAGAAAAUGAACCGAGAAGAGUUCAUAAAGAAACUGAGAUCAGUUGUUGGGGAUCAGAUACUGCGGUCUACAAUAUCCGUCCUCCAGAACAAGAAGAUACCGAAUUCUGCAAGCAUGUCGGAGGCUAAGGAGGAGAUGCAACAAGGUUGAAAACAUGAAGGAAGCCUUGUAGUGUUUGUUUUUUUAUUGGGAAUUUUAAUUUAAUGUUUUUAUUUUUGUUCCGGUCGGCUUAUGUUUUAUAAAGUGAUGGAUCUUUUGAAGUGUUUCUUUGGUUGUAAGGCUAAAUGUGAACCCUUGUGGUCGUGUAAAAAGGCAUUGUUGAAGCAGUUAAGUAGUGUUUUGUGUCUGUUUUGUU